GCACGGCUCCUAUCUGCAGCUGCAGGGAGAGAGAGGAGGAACCCCGUGCGAUUCUAGGGACCAUUUCACAACAAGGAGAAGUCAGCUGCCGAGGGGGCAGUACAGCUCUUUGCCUGUCCUUGGGGAAAUUAGGGCUCUGAGAGUGGAGAUCAAGAUGGGCUAGUGGGUGGCGGAUGCGAUGCUGCACCGCCAGACCCUGGACGGUGGCGGGUUUCCAAACUGGCACAUCCUACACCGGCUCUGAGACUUUGGGCACUGGAUCUCUUACACCUUUUGAACCUCAAGAAUAAAGAAGACUUCUAUUAUUAUACUAGUUACAGAGAUACCUUUGCGGGAGUUUUAAUGCAUAUUUUCACCAUGGAGCAGCUGAGCUCAGCAAACACCCGCUUCGCCUUGGACCUGUUCCUGGCCUUGAGUGAGAACAAUCCGGCUGGAAAUAUCUUCAUCUCUCCCUUCAGCAUUUCAUCUGCGAUGGCCAUGGUCUUUCUGGGGACCAGAGGGAACACGGCAGCACAGCUGUCCAAGACUUUUCAUUUCAACACGGUUGAAGAGAUUCAUUCAAGAUUCCAGAGUCUGAAUGCUGAGAUCAACAAACCAGGCGCGUCUUAUAUUCUGAAACUUGCUAAUAGAUUAUAUGGAGAGAAAACUUACAAUUUCCUCCCUGAGUUCUUGGCUUCGACUCAGAAAACAUAUGGUGCUGACCUGGCCAGUGUGGAUUUUCAGCAUGCCACUGAAGAUGCAAGGAAGACCAUAAACCAGUGGGUCAAAGGACAGACAGAAGGGAAAAUUCCAGAACUGUUGGCUUCAGGCAUGGUUGAUGACAUGACUAAACUUGUGCUAGUAAAUGCCAUCUAUUUCAAGGGAAACUGGCAGGAUAAAUUCAUGAAAGAGGCCACGACGAAUGCACCGUUCAGAUUGAAUAAGAAAGACACAAAAACUGUGAAAAUGAUGUAUCAGAAGAAAAAAUUUGCAUAUGGCUACAUCGAGGACCUUAAGUGCCGUGUGCUGGAACUGCCUUACCAAGGCAAGGAGCUCAGCAUGGUCAUCCUGCUGCCAGAUGACAUUGAGGACGAGUCCACGGGCCUGAAGAAGAUUGAGGAACAGUUGACUUUGGAAAAGCUGCAUGAGUGGACCAAACCUGAGAAUCUCGAUUUCAUUGAAGUUAAUGUCAGCUUGCCCAGGUUCAAACUGGAAGAGAGUUACACCCUCAACUCGGACCUCGCCCGCCUGGGUGUACAGGAUCUCUUUAACAGUAGCAAGGCUGAUCUGUCUGGCAUGUCAGGAGCCAGAGAUAUUUUUAUAUCAAAAAUUGUCCACAAGUCCUUUGUGGAAGUGAAUGAAGAGGGAACAGAGGCGGCAGCUGCCACAGCAGGCAUCGCCACCUUCUGCAUGUUGAUGCCAGAGGAAUAUUUCACUGCCGACCAUCCAUUCCUUUUCUUUAUUCGGCACAAUUCCUCAGGUAGCAUCCUGUUCUUGGGCAGAUUUUCUUCCCCUUAGAAGAAAGAGACUGUAGCAAUACAAAAAUCAAGCUUAGAGCUUUAUUACCUGAGUUUUUAAUGGUGCCAAUGUUCUUCUGUCUUUACCAAUAAAACCAAUAUCCAGAAACAAAUCUUUUAUUUUCUUUUUAAGUUUGGCUCUGUUGGCUGUUUACACCCAUGAAUUUUGGCACUUUUCUUUUUUUACAUCGAAAAAGUCCAGUGGUUGCUUUUGAAUGCAUCAAGUAAAAAAGAAGAAAAGAGUACAUCAGAUGUGUAGAUUCUUGACCAUGUAGUAAUCUAUGAAAUUGCUAUAUUCUCCUGAUAGCCAUGGGAAAACAUGAUAAGAUGGUCAUUUAUUUUGCAGUUAGAAUUUUGGGAGCCCUGAAAUAGACAGACAUCCUGACUGUUGAAGGGAGGUUUAAAAACACGUAUUCAAUUGAAAUAUAAGAGAGCACCCCAACUGAGAGCCCAGGUUAUGAAGACAAACUUGUCUCGCCUGACGUUUCUGUCUGUUGUUCUGCAAGAUUAGUAUUCUGUUACAGCCCUCUCGUUUUUAGACUCUUCAAUUAAAGGGCCAAUGGUUAUAACCUGCA